CGGCGGCGAGAGGAUGCUGCCGGGAAGGCUGUGCCUGGUGCCGCUCCUGCUGGCGCUGGGCGUGGGGAGCGGCGGCGGCAGCGGCGGCGGCGGCGGCGGCGGGGACAGCCGGCGGCGCCGCCUCCUCGCGGCGAAAGUCAAUAAACACAAGCCAUGGAUCGAGACAUCAUAUCAUGGAGUCAUAACUGAGAACAAUGACACAGUCAUUUUGGACCCUCCACUGGUAGCCCUGGAUAAGGACGCCCCAGUGCCUUUUGCAGGGGAAAUCUGUGCAUUCAAGAUCCACGGGCAGGAGCUGCCCUUUGAGGCUGUGGUGCUCAACAAGACGUCUGGAGAGGGCCGACUCCGGGCCAAGAGUCCCAUCGACUGUGAGCUGCAGAAGGAGUACACAUUCAUCAUCCAGGCCUACGACUGUGGGGCGGGGCCCCAGGAGGCAGCCUGGAAGAAGUCACACAAGGCUGUGGUCCACAUCCAGGUGAAGGAUGUCAACGAGUUUGCUCCCACCUUCAAAGAGCCAGCCUACAAGGCCAUUGUCACGGAGGGCAAGAUCUACGACAGCAUCCUGCAGGUGGAAGCCAUUGAUGAGGACUGUUCCCCCCAGUACAGCCAGAUUUGCAACUAUGAAAUUGUCACAACGGAUGUGCCUUUUGCCAUUGACAGAAAUGGCAACAUCAGGAACACCGAGAAGCUGAGCUAUGACAAGCAGCGGCAGUACGAGAUCCUGGUAACUGCUUACGACUGUGGACAGAAGCCUGCUGCUCAGGACACCCUGGUGCAGGUGGAUGUGGAGCCGGUAUGCAAACCUGGCUGGCAAGAUUGGACAAAAAGGAUCGAGUACCAGCCUGGCUCGGGGAGUUUGCCCUUAUUCCCCAGCAUCCACCUGGAGACGUGCGACGGAGCAGUGUCCUCCCUCCAGGUCACCGCAGAGCUGCAGACUAAUUACAUCGGCAAGGGCUGUGACCGAGAGACCUACUCUGAGAAAUCCCUUCAGAAAUUAUGCGGAGCAUCCUCAGGCAUCAUCGACCUCCUGCCGUCCCCGAGCGCAGCUACCAACUGGACUGCAGGAUUGCUGGUGGACAGCAGCGAGAUGAUCUUCAAGUUUGAUGGCAGGCAGGGUGCCAAGAUCCCUGAUGGGAUUGUGCCCAAGAACCUGACAGACCAGUUCACCAUCACUAUGUGGAUGAAACACGGCCCCAGCCCUGGCGUGAGAGCCGAGAAGGAAACUAUCCUCUGUAACUCGGAUAAAACUGAAAUGAACCGCCAUCACUACGCCCUGUAUGUGCACAACUGCCGCCUCGUCUUCCUCUUGCGGAAGGACUUUGACCAGGCAGACACCUUUCGCCCCGCAGAGUUUCACUGGAAGCUGGACCAGAUCUGUGACAAAGAGUGGCAUUACUAUGUCAUCAAUGUGGAGUUUCCUGUGGUCACCCUGUACAUGGAUGGAGCAACCUAUGAACCGUACCUGGUGACCAAUGACUGGCCCAUCCACCCAUCUCAUAUCGCCAUGCAGCUUACUGUCGGCGCCUGUUGGCAAGGAGGUGAAGUAGCCAAACCUCGGUUUGCACAAUUUUUCCAUGGCAGCCUCGCCAGUCUCACCAUCCGUCCUGGCAAAAUGGAAAGCCAGAAGGUGAUUUCUUGUUUGCAGGCCUGCAAAGAAGGGCUGGAUAUUAAUUCCCUGGAAAGCCUCGGGCAAGGAAUAAAGUAUCACUUCAACCCUUCACAGUCCGUUCUCGUGAUGGAAGGUGAUGACAUUGGAAACAUCAACCGAGCCCUCCAGAAGGUCUCCUACAUCAACUCCAGGCAGUUCCCAACCGCAGGUGUCCGGCGCCUCAGACUCUCUUCCAAAGUCCAGUGCUUUGGGGAAGAUGUGUGCAUCAGCAUCCCAGACGUGGAUGCCUACGUCAUGGUGCUUCAGGCCAUCGAACCCCAGAUCACCCUCCAGGGGACAGAGCGCUUCUGGAGACCUGCUGCCCACUUUGAAAGCACCAGAGGAGUGACCCUCUUCCCCGACAUCAAGAUCGUGAGCACCUUUGCCAAGACUGAGGCCUCGGGGGACACGAGAACCACAGGCACAGCCCCCAAAUCAGCAGUCUUGGAAGAAAUGCUACACAACUUGGAUUUCUGUGACAUUUUAGUGCUUGGAGGGGACUUGGAUCCAAGACAAGAGUGCUUGGAGCUCAACCAUAGUGAGCUACACCAACGGCACCUGGAUGCUACUAACUCUACUGCUGGUUACUCCAUCUAUGGUGUGGGGUCCAUGAGCCGCUAUGAGCAGGUGCUGCACCACCUUCAUUACCGCAACUGGCACCCUACUUCCCUUGAGACCCGGAGGUUCCGGAUCAAGUGUUCAGAACUCAAUGGCCGUUAUACUAGCAAUGAGUUCAACCUGGAGGUCAGUGUCCUUCAUGAAGCCAGAGUCUCCGAUCAGGAACACGUCAACCACCUUAUUGUUCAGCCACCCUUCCUCCAGUCUGUCCAUCACCCUGAGUCCCGGAGUAGUAUACAGCGCAGUUCAGUGGUCCCGAGCAUCGCCACGGUGGUCAUCAUUAUCUCUGUGUGCAUGCUGGUGUUUGUUGUGGCCAUGGGUGUGUAUCGGGUCCGAAUUGCUCACCAGCACUUCAUUCAAGAGACUGAGGCUGCCAAGGAGGCUGAAAUGGAUUGGGAUGACUCCGCACUGACUAUCACAGUCAACCCUAUGGAGAAACAUGAAGGACCAGGGCGUGGGGAAGAUGAGACCGAAGGAGAGGAAGAAGAGGAAGCAGAAGAAGGCAUGAGCUCCAGCAGCAGUGGCUCUGAUGACAGUGAAGAGGAAGAGGAAGAGGGGAUGGGCAGAGUUGGACAUGGGCAGAGUGGCACCAGGCAAGCCCAGCUGGAGUGGGAUGAUUCCACCCUGCCCUACUAGUGCCCACAGGUGUGCUGACCAGCCUGGGUGCCCCUUUUGUAAAACCCAAUCCAAUGUAUGCCCAAGCCUGUCACACUCGCCUCUGAUUUCUAUGACAGGUCUGGGAAGGCCAUCAGCUUCCUGGAAUCUGCCCUCUAUGCUUCGGGCACUGCCUAGGUCCUAACCAUGGGGCAGUUCCAAGAGCCCAGUGAUACCAUCAUUGAUGACUGCAGGGAGGUUACAUUGUCCUGUAGCCCUGACUUCUUCACCCCUGGGCUCAUCCAAAAUCCUGCCACCCAGUCUGCCGAGUUCUGAACACCUUGCUCUUUUCUGCAGGGGAAAAGCUCCGCCUUUAUGUCACUUACCACCACUAGGCUCAGCGUUUUCAAACUCCUUGGGUUGUAACUCACUGUGUAUGUACUUGACUAAGUAGCCUUUCUCCACCUAUACCAGCAGGUCCUCCCUAUGCUGGGUCUCCAGGUUACUUUAUACAGGGAAGGCAGUGAAAUCUCAUACACCUAAGAUUUUAGGGCUUAAGAAUGGAAAAGAAAGUCUUUGUUGAGGCAUAAUUGAGUUUCCAGGGUAAGGCUCAUAGUAUAUGUGUAUAUGCACAGACAGACUCACACACAGAAACACACACACACACACACACACACACACACACACACACACUUCCUAACUUGGAAAGCCUUUCUUUUUACUUUGUUCUGAGACUAUAUAGUUAUAUAACGAGUUCAAGACCAAGAAUUAGUUGGCCUUUGCCCAUAAGUAGAGUGUGUCCUCAUCCUAGGGCUUGCUGACCAGCCUUCCAACCCAUUUAGGGAAUGUCUAAACCCAUGUGGCUGCCCAACCUAGGACUGUAACCAUGCAGAACCACAGGGCCCAGGAAGCACUUCAUACAGGUACUGCUCAAGUGACAGCUUAAGCAUGGCUGUUACCAGGAGCCAAAGAAAAGAUGGAUGGGGUGACCUAGCCAGGCUUCAUGAUCGAUAGAAAGCUGCUUUGACCUGGGCUCGGUAUGGCUCUACCCCCUCCCCCCCUCCCC